AGUGGCAGACAGCUCAGGGGGAGCAGCGAGAGCCAGCAGCACCCACGACUUGUCACAACAUUGUGAAAUUAGUUUUGCUCUUUCUCGCCAGAAGUUUUAGUCUGUUCAAAGCUCGGUCGAGGGUAUAAACCUCUCUGCCUCGGACUGAAAGGGGAAAUUUGUCUUUUAACCACAGUUUUGCGGCUCACCCGUUAACAUGGGGAGGAAUGGCGGGGUUUUAACGUUUACCUAAAUUCGCGUAACGUUAGCUAGCAUCCUGCGAUAAACUUAGUUUUUUAACCGACAGGAUCAACAAGAAACUGUCUCUUUUUAAUUGCGGAAGAAGGGGCUAACUUAACAGCACUUUUCUCUUGUCUUUGCAUUUUUUUAAAAUUAUUUUUUGCCCUCUGGAUUCUGUUAUCAUGACGCCCGACCUCCUUAACUUCAAGAAGGGGUGGAUGUCCAAACUGGAUGAAAAUGGAGAGUGGAAGAAGCACUGGUUUGUUUUGACUGAUGCUGGACUGAAGUACUACAGAGAUUCGGUCGCAGAGGAGAAAGAUGACCUAGAUGGGGAGAUUGACCUAAAAUCCUGUAUGAAGGUGUCAGAGUUUGAUGUGGAGAAGAACUAUGGAUUUCAGAUACAGACGCGGGAGGCGGUGUUCACUCUUUCCGCGAUGACGGCGGGGAUAAGACGGAAUUGGAUUGAGGUUUUGAGGAAGAGUGUCCGACCCAGCAGCUCUCCAGACCUCACGCAACUUCAUGACAGCAGUAGUGACAAAGAAAACUCCCAUGCCCGGUCCUUGUUGUCCUCCCGUCGCUCACCCUCACGUCACGGUGAUGCCCAAUCAGAAGUACCAGCUGCCGCGCCUCCCACUCAACGCAGGUUUGACUACGUUGAGCUCUCCCCGGUUCCUGCUGCGUCCAGCCAGCUCCCAGCCAGUCAGAGAGAAGCUGGGGAGGGGCAGGGUAGGGAGCACAGCCAAUGGCAGGAGGACAGGAACAGAGAUGCCACAACUAGCCAAUGGGAGGCUGUGCUUUCCAGGAAGGGGCCAGGCUCGAACCAAAGGCUACGAAUGGAGGACGAAAUAGAGAAAAAGUGGGCCGAGAUUGAAAAGAUGCCAUUAAAGGAGAUGAGAUCCCUGCCACCAAUGGGAUCACGGUCUUCCAGCCAGUCAGCCAAUGAGGCGCUGCAGAGGGAGGUGGCGUCACUGAGGCAACAACUAGAGCAACUGCAAGUAGGAGGGGGAGGGAGAGUGGGGGUGGGUGGUGUAGGGGGAGGCUGUGGCCCUGCGGCCACCUGCAGCCGCAGCCUGGCGGCCAUGGAGCGUGCUCACCGGCAGGUGCUGGAAGAGCUGCAGAAGCAGCAUGACCGGCACACCAGGGAGCUGGAGUCGGAGAGAGACAGGCUGCUGCAGGAGGAGACCCAGGCCACUGCACAAGUGAUGGAGGCUUUGAAGAAGGCCCACAAGGAGGAGCUGGAGAGGGAGGUGGAGAAAGCCAAGAGGCUAAGCGGUGGAGUGAUGGAUUUACAGACUCUGCAGGCCCAACAACAGGCAGAAACACAGACACUACAGAGAGAGCUGGCUGGUUUGUCUGAGCGCUACUCUCAGAAGUGUCUGGAGCUGAACCGAGCCGAGCAGAGCAACGCUGACAGGGAGAGGGAGCUCAGCCGCAAGGAGAGAGACAUGGAGCAGCUGAGGAAGGAGAACCAGGACCUUCAGGCUCGGUUGGUGGAGGAGAUCAGCCGCAUCCGCUCUACCAUUGCAGGUCAAGGGUCAGAGGGCAUCUCCAAUGACAACAGAGACAGGACAUCCUGUGAACUAGAGGUUCUUCUCAGGGUGAAAGAAAACGAGGUGGAGUACUUACACAAGGAGAUCAGUUGUCUACGGAAUGAACUGCAGUUUCUCAACAUGGAGAAACGCCUGGCGUGCGAGCGAUAUAAGGAGAUGCACGAGGAGCUGAGUGGGAUGAAGGGCCGGAGCGAGCGGGAGAUCCAGAGUCUGAAGGAGCACCUGAGGCUCGCCAUGGCCGCUCUGCAGGAGGGACAGACGCUGGGCAACAGCCUGGACCACUGAGACCAGACGGACACGGGGACAGCUGUAUCUGUGCUGUGGUGACUGAAACAAAUGAGGAUCCAGUAAAGUAAGAAGACAAGAAAGAGAAGAUUGUGGGACUGGGAUUAUUGGACAAACUGGCCAUUUGGGAACCAAGAUAGUGCCUUAGCUUUCAAUCACUCUGCCAAUGAGCAGCAUAGAGUAGCUAUUAGCUGAUCAGUUUUACUACACUGGGCCGCGCAUGAGAGAUGAAUCUGCACUUUUUACAUUUUUAACUUUUUACUUUGUGUGUGUGUGUGUGUGUGUGUGUGUGUGUGUGUGUGUGUGUGUGUGUGUGUGUGUGUGUGUGUGUGUGUGUGUGUGUGUGUGUGUGUGUGUGUGUGUGUGUGUGUGUGUGUAAGAGAGAGAAAGAAAGAAAGCAUGUGAGUGCACAUUUGGUCUGAAAACUGGAAUAUUUGUUCAAACACACUUUUGUAUUAUCAGGUGUUGUAGAUAAAGAGAGCAUAACAUGGAUCUUCAACAGCCUGUACCGUAUUUGUCUGCUUUUUGUUUGCAUGAGCUGCUCCUGUUUUUGCUUGUGUCUCCUGCCCGGGUGGGACAGCGGCAGCGAACGCACCGUUACAGAAGCAGAGCUACUGUCAUCUCAGUUUACCAUUGUGUACGGCCUCGAGUCAUGUUUACCCUGUGAAAAUAGCAUGUUGUUUCUUCAGAAAUGGGGAUCUCAAUCAGUGGCUGUAAUUAUUAUUAUUAGCGUAUUUUUUACCCUGAAAUGUUUGCGCUAUG